CACUGGGGGGGCUUGAUCCAGACUCUGUGUAGCAGUUGCUAAGGGAACAUGGAUGUUCUCUCUUCUUUCCCCGUGCAAGAAGAUCACUUUAACAAGCCAGGGAGCUCACCUCCUCCCUUAUAGAACUCUAUUUCCAACUUUGAAACGAGAUCUAGGUUUGCUGGAAGGACAAUUUUUAUUUAUCUGCUUGUGCUGAAAAGCUUUUAAAAGAUAUCACUGGUAUCCCUCUUUUUUAAAAAUCCUCAAAAGAGAAAUUGCUUGGGAUAACAGUACACAGAAAUUUUUGCAAAUAGAAAACAAGCGUUAUUGUCAAAGAAACAUGGCUGCUCUGGCAACAAGAAUGGACAGUGGUCCUCAGUAUUUUCUGUGGAUGGAAAACAGGAGAAGAAAUGAUUUCGUAACCCAACAAGGACAAGACAGGGAAGAAGAGGGCGAAGAUGUCUCUCGCAUUCCCAUCGUUUGUGAGGGCUCCACCAGUGAGAUUAUGCAGCAGCACAAAAAAGCACUGCAUAGAUUCCAGCUUUUGAAGAAGAAAAAAGAAUGUGACCGAAUUAUUGCAGAACUGAAUUUGAAGAAGGAAAAAUUUAAAGAAAAGUUUGAGCAGCUGGCACUGCGAAGAGAGGAACUGAACCAAAAGGAUGAUAAUAAUAGGGCUCAUGCUCUUGAAUUUGAGAUAUACCUUAAAGAAUGUGAGCAGAAGAAACAGCGUGCUAUUGCGAAGUACAAGGAGGAACAGAAAAUUAAAUCAGUAAAGAGGCAGGAGAUACAUGCACUGAAACAGGAGCUUAAAAAACUCAAAAUCAGACAACAGGCGCUACAGAAGAAGAUGGUGAAAUACAAAAAAAUUGAAGAUUUCCUUCAGAAAAUGGCAGACAUGCUGCCUUCUACUGAAUAUGCCUAUCUGAGAAAUAAGGAAGAAUCUAUAGUUAGAACGCUCAUAAAAAGGCAUAGGACACUGAUGACUGAAAAUCGAAACUUGCUGAAGCAUUUGUCUAUUCUGCAAUAUGCCCUUGAGGAAACCCGACAUGAAUUUGCAGUCUUACAAGAGGAGUACAACACUCAAAAAUAUAUGCUGAUUGCCAAAGCUUCUGAACUUCAUUCAAAGUGCAGCAUGUUACAAGACAAAAACAUUACAUUUUCACAGGGUUUUAGCAGUGAAAAAGAUCAAUUCACUUACCAAAGUAAACAGUUAAGCAGUAUGGUGAUGGCAAUCUCCAACUUGGCAGAACAGUGCUACUUAAGGAAUUAUGGUCCUUUGGAAGAAAUGACAUUGGACUCCAAAUUGGACAUGAUCCAAGAAUACAUUGUGGAAAAGAAGGAGAUCAAAGAGGAAAUGAUGCCAUUAAUCGGAACUGCAAAGUCAUCCAUUGCUCUUUUUAAGGAACAAGUUCAAAGAAAGAAAAAUAUUUUAAAACAGCAAACCUUAUAUCUGGAAGAAAAGAUGCCAUGAGUGAUGACAUACCUGUAAAAUGUCUGACAUAUGCAGAAGCACCACUGAAUGGACCAGGGGGGUGUAUUUCCUGUCUUAUGUAAGUCUCCACAGAUGGAGGUCAAUACAUUGCCAAAAAUGCAUUUAUGGGUGGAAAACAAGCCUUUCAUGCUGGAUUUUUGCAAAUAUGGUUGGAUUCUACAACUUUCAUGCUAUUUUCUUUGCUUAAGCAGCAGUUGUUCACUGUGUCUAGGAAGCAUUGGUGAUACUAUUUCAUGCACAUGCAUCCCCCCCUGUUGUAUUAUUUCUUUCUGUACCCAUUUGUACAUAAAAAUGGACAAAUAGGCUGUGGCAGUUACAACAUUAACUAUGACUGUUCCAUGCUCUGUCUGUAACCAUAAUUAACAUCUUUCACACAUCUGUUGUUUUUGCAACGAUAAGCAAAUGUGUUCACCAUAUGGAAACAUUUUGCUACUUGUUGUGUGGGUCUAGGGUUUUUCCAUUGUGUUGUGUAUGGUUUUUUUUAAUCCAUGAUUACAUUUGCAA